GAAGAGAGCGAGAGUAUCCUGGAGCUGAAGGGCCUGACACCAAACGGCAUGCUUCCCUUCGGCGCCCUGUCUGGUGGAAAGGAGACUCUUCUCAGUGGUAAGUUGCGAACCCUAAUCACAUGCCCCGUGGCAAUCCGAGCUUUUGCCGGCGCCGAGCUCGACUGUAGCAGCCGAAGACGUUGA